AUGGCGAGGAUGGCGGCGGGGAACGGGCCCGCAAUGAUAUCGGCUGUCGUGGAGCGCCUGAAGCCCGAGGAUAUCGAGCUGUUGCUGGCCAACCGCGGCCUGCCGUCGGUGGGGGGGAAGGAGGAGCUCGCGGAGAGGCUGCAGCAGGCGCUCACAGAGGAGCUGUGCGAGUGGAAGUGGGACAAGCCGGCGCAGCCGCUGCGAUCAGAGAUCGUGGCCGCCGGGGCCUCUGCGAUUGCCCACAAGAGCUGCAUUUACGUGUUUGGGGGUAUGGAUGAGGAAAGAAAUGAGCACAUGGGGCUGUGGAAAUGGGACACGGCAGGCCACGAGGGCUUCACACAAGUGUCGUACAGGGGGCCCAUACCACAGACGUUUUCGGCAGGCUGCUAUGCUGCUGUCUACAAGGACGAGCUGUGGGUGUUCCCCGGCCCCAGGAACCACAACAUGCGUAACAUCUGCUGUUGUGACCUAUCGCGCUAUCGGUGGGUGGAAAGGGCGACAUUGGGGGAGCCGCCCUGUGAGACGCAGAUGCGGAGGAAUGUGGCUUGCUUCGUUGACGGCAAUCGGCUCAUCUUGCUGGGCGGCACAUAUAUGGACCGUGUGUACCUCUUCGAUUUUGAGAGCCGACAGUGGUCCAAGCAAAAGACUAAACCCCCUCAGGAGCUGCAAACAUGGAGUUUUGGGGGCGCUUGCCUAGUUGGAGACUGGCUAUAUGCCUAUGGCUCCUCCAAACGAAUCUCUGAGGAACCGUCUGUUGAGGUUUGGAGACUAGACAUAAGAGAAUGGCGAUGGGAAGACCACAUCUUGUCCAAUGGAACCCAGCCCCCUCCCUUCAGGAUACACUCGUCCUCUGCAGUAGUGGGAAAGAAAUGGAUCAUCCAUGGUGGCCGUCGCCCCAACGUCUCAAAGUUCAACGUGUCCGACCAGACAUUUGUGUUUGAUCUUGAGGAGCAUCGCUGGAGCAUGCUGAUGGCAGAGGGCCACCAGCCAGCCGCCCGGGAGUGGCACACAGCGCUGGGGUUUGAUGGCAUGAUGGUCGUGGUGGGGGGCCGGGUGGACAUACCUGACUAUGAACCCAUCCCCCUGUCUUUUGACACGAUGUGCAUGGAAGUCGAGAUCCUACGCUACCGGGAGCCACCUGUCCCACGCCAGCCAACAGGAAAGGCCAACAUUCUGGCCAUCUACAAGAAAUUGUACAACAACACCUACCUCAGUGAUGUGACACUGCUCGUGGAUGGCAAUCGAGUCCCAGCCCAUGCGCACGUGCUUGCCACCCACUCAACAGUCUUUGAGCGAAUGUGGGACUCACGCAUGCGAGAGACCGAAACCCACGAAGUGGUGAUCGAAGACGUGCCAUAUGACACGAUGCUGCUGCUCAUAGAGUACAUGUAUGGUGUCCUGUCAGAGGUGCCGAUGGAGCACGCUGCCGUGAUAGAAUUGUUCAAGGCAGCAGACAAGUAUGCCGUUCUGGGGCUGGUGAAGGAGUGCAUAGUGGUGUUCAAGAAGAUAACCACUGAACACACACUUGCACCCUUGCUGGAGGUUGCGGAUGAGCGCAGCAACGAUGAGCUGAUGCAGGUGUGCAAGGAGAUUGCUUACAAGCGCGUCGAGUCCGUCCUUCUGACAGAUUCCUUCAAGCAAUUGACACAGCGAAACCCAGACCUAACCUUGCCGUUUAUGAGUGAGGUGCUCAAGCGCCUGGUCCCCAAGGGGCACGAUGCAGAAGGCAGUGCUGCAUCAUCGAGCUCUCGGAGUGGCCGGUCGAUAGAAACCCGCACCAGCGGCCGAGCAUUGCUGCUGCCAUCAAGAAAAACGUAG